AUGAAGUCUCCUAAUUUCCCUUCUUGUCAUUCUCGUCGCCAUGGUCAUAGUCAUGGCGGUCCAAGUAUACCUGGUCUUGUUAUUAACACGAUUCAAAAUAAAUAUCUUUGGAGGUGUUUAGAUUCUGCAAUAAACCCAUUGUAUUUGAGUGAAUGUAAUAAGGGACCUAGUCAAAUUAAAUUCCAUAUAGAAUUGCUUCAUCAAAGUUAUCCAGGAUGCGCAAAGCCAUUUAAAAUAUAUGGAGCUGGAGGAACUGAUUCAUUUACUAUACACCCAAAUGAAAGGCCGAAAGAUUGCUUAUCAGCUCCUUUUAAAGAAGGAGAUCCGGUAUUUGUAGUUGAUUGUUUAGUUAAAGAUGAUAUUCAAACGUUAGGAAUAUCUUGGGAGUUACUAAAUACGAUAGUGAUAGUUCCUGAAACAGAUGAUGAUUGA